GAAAUCUCAACAACGUUGUUAAUGGCUUUCAGCGCGUGUACGAUGGGAAAUCGCAUCGCAUCCCUGACAGCAACACCUGCCAUGCUUAUAUCUGCUUAUCAAGUUUGCCGAUCUCAUGCACACGGACUACUCGUCGAUUUACUAUGUACCACGAGAAAGAGCGUACACAGCACACAACAGUGACUAUAAUACCAGAGAGCUGCGAGCAUGGAUUCUAGGUUUUGGGCCUGCUUGUUCUUCAUGCUGGUGCCCUUUCUGUGCAACGCUACAUUGGUCUCUGCCGGAGAGCACGUGCUCACGUUGGGUCACUCAAACUUCACUGAAACUGUCUCCAAACAUAAUUUCAUUGUCGUUGAGUUCUAUGCUCCAUGGUGUGGCCCUUGUAUGAAGCUUUCCCCUGAGUAUGAAAAAGCUGCGUCCAUUUUGAGUAGCCAUGACCCUCCAGUCAUUCUGGCAAAAGUAGAUGCAAGUCAUGAAGCAAACGAGGAACUUGCAAGUGAAUAUGAGAUCACGCAUAUCCCUACAGUCAAGAUUUUAAGAAAUGGAGGAAAGAAUUUGCAAGAAUACAAAGGGCCUCGUGAAGCUGAUGGUAUAGUAGCUUACUUAGAAAAGGAAGUUGCUCCUGCUUCAGCUGAAAUAAAAUCUUUGGAAGAUGCUACUAGUGUCAUUGAUGAAAACAAGAUCUCCAUAGUUGGAAUCUUUACAGAAUUCUCUGGGGAGGAAUUCAAUAACUUCACAGCCCUAGCAGAAAAAUUGCGUUCUGACUUUGAUUUUGGUCACACUUUGUAUCCCAAACUCCUGCCAAGAGGGGAAUCUUCAGUGAAUGGACCAACAGUGAGAUUACUAAAGCCAUUUGAUGAGCGUUCUGUUGAUUUCCAGGAUUUUCAUGUGGAUGCUUUGGAGAAGUUUGUUGAAGAAGCCAGUGUGCCUACUGUGACUCUUUUCAACAAGGACCCAAGUAACCAUCCAUUUGUUAUCAAGUUCUUCAACAGUCCUAAUGCCAAGGCGAUGCUGUUUUUGAAUUUCAGUAGUGAACUUGUUGAUGGUUUUAAGUCAAAAUUCUAUGAUUUGGCUGUGCGCUACAAAGGUAAUGGCAUAAGCUUUCUAAUUGGUGACAUUGAGGCAAGCCAAGGGCCAUUCCAGUACUUUAGACUCAAAGAUGAACAGGUACCUCUUAUCUUCAUAUUAAACAAUGAUGGUCAGAAAUACCUUAAAUCAAACUUGGAGCCUGACCAUAUUGGACCUUGGUUGAAGGAAUAUAAGGAUGGAAACUUACAACCAUUUAUGAACUCAGAGCCCAUUCCCGAAACUAAUAAUGAACCUGUGAAGGUGAUUGUUGCUGAUAGCCUCCAUGACCUGGUUAUUAACUCUGGAAAGAACGUUCUGCUAGAGUUUUAUGCACCUUGGUGUGGAGACUGUGAGAAACUGGCUCCAAUUUUGGAUGAAGUUGCAGUCUCAUUUGAAAAUGAUGCCAACAUGAUCAUUGCAAAGCUGGAUGCAACUGCAAAUGACAUCCCAACUCAUAUCUUUGAGGUACAUGGUUACCCAACUUUGUACUUUAAAUCUGCCAGUGGCAAAUUUGUUAAGUAUGAUGGGAAUGGAUCAAAGGAGGACAUCAUUGAUUUUAUUCGGAAUAAUCGCGAGAACAGUAUCCAACCAGAGACGGUGAAGGAUGAACUGUGAUUAUGUAGUGCUUCCAAACAAUCAAGAUGCUUGGUAUGGAGGAUUUUACCCGAGAAAAUUGAAAGCCUUUAUAAUCUUUUUAACUGUUGGAUCAAAAUAAGAGAUGAUUGACAGUCUCAUGUGGUGCUUGUAGUUCAGUUUUGCAGAUAGUUUCCUUUGCAGUGACAUCUUGUACGUACUUUUUCUCCAAAUACAUAUUUUAGAGUCGUUUA